ACAGCCGCUGUAUUGUUGUCAAACCAUCAAUUUUGACAUUCCAUUUUGUUUUGUUGAAAAAAUUUCCAAAAUAAAUUUUAAUUCCAUCAAAUAAUUCUCAAAAUAAUAAAAAAAACACCCACAAAAUUUCAAAUAAAUAAUGACUUCCCUUCAAGACCGAUCAAUACCCAAUCGCAUUGCUCUCGACAAAUGGUCAAAACGUGAACAACUAUGUUUAGCCUCAGCUGUAUCAUGCAGCGGCGACCAAAACUGGAUGACUGUCAGUCGCUCCUUAAAACUUUUAUGCGGCACCAACCACCCACCCGAUUGGUUUUCACAAAAACUAUGCGCUGUUAAAUACGGUGAGUUAUUAGAAAAUGUUGAAACACCAAAGCGCAAAAAACGAACAACAUCUGACAAUGCUGCAGCAGCUCCAAGCAUUGCCGAAACACCAACAGACUCUAUUUUGCGUCGUCUCACCGAGGAACGCAUUCAAGAGUUAAAAUCAGAAAUCCGCGAACAACAAGAAACUUAUGCUAAACUUUAUACAGAUGUUGUUCAUUUACAAACUGGUAAUUCCAAUGAGGAACAAAUUAGAGCAAUGUGGAUGGAAAUUGAACGAGAGCAGGAGCAGGAUCGAAAAGCUAGAGCUAGAAAACAACAACAACAACAACAAAUGUCUGGUGGACAAGUUGAAAUGUCUUCAAGAAAUUGGCGUCAAGGUCAACAACAGUUUCAUAUUCAACAACAACAAAUGACGACUCCUGUAAAACAAGACCAAGACAUGGACAUUGACGAGACUUGUAAACCUCAAGGAACUUCUCCUUUGCUUUCUUCUCUUCUUAAAUCUAGUUCCCCAUCUUCAGUGGUUGCCACAACUCCUACCACAAGCACUGUCAGAGUUAACGCUCCAACAAUUACAAAUCUACUCACAGGAGUUGUUAGUUCCACUGUUUCUGCACCUUCUUUAUUACAACAGUCUUCUAGCUUUCAAAAUGCUCCACUUUCAAAGCCUCUAACUGGGCCAGGACCUGGUGAGAGGCACCAAACUCCUGCCCAGGCUGCUUUAAGCCCUUCUCAGUCGGCUCCGACUUUAUCCAUGCUUUUGGAAAAGAAUAAAGCUCUUCCAAAAGAUCAGCCGCCUGCUCCUCAACAAAAUAAGCAACUCUUUGAUGAGAUAAAGUCAACUGCUCCUCAGGUUGAUGAUGCAUCUCCUGAUGUUAACACUGAAACAGAUGAACCUCUCGAAGAAGAUGAACCAAUGGAAGAUGGAACAUUGACACCGACAAAAGAAGAGGAGCAGCAACUUAUGGAAGUCUUUAAGAAUUUAAUGCCUGAUAAUAUUGAUGAAUUGGCUGAGAUACUUACAAAUAAUCAUGGUAUCUUAAAUCCGGCGAUUCUUGAAGAAGAAUCGAUAUUAGAGGGUGUUGAAUCUUUAAUGGAUGAAAAUCAAGAAGUUGAUGAUGAUCAGUUGGAUGUUAAGCCAGAAGAAAGUGGGGAUUUGGUUGAUGAUUCAAAAAACCCUAAAAUCGAAGAGAAGGAAGUUUUGGAGGAAGCUAUUACUAAGACAGAAAUUAAGGAUAUAAAAGAAGAAAAAGAAGUUGAAUCUGAUGAGAAAAAGGCUUCUAAAGUAGAAGAAAUCGAUGUCAAAGAAGAAAAACCACCUUCUUCAGAAGAAGAAGAAGAUAAAACCAAAGUUGAUACAGAUAAAAUAGAAACAAUAUCAAGUGAUGAUUCUAGCGAUAAUGUUCCUCUAUCAUCACAUACAAGCAACAACACUAAAGAUGAUAAACCGCCAUCAGUUGUUGUAACAGAAAUUAAAGAUGAUGUAUCAAUUGUUGUUGUUCAAGAUACUCCUACGGAAUCGCCAAUGGUAAUUGAUGAAGAAGAUAGCCAACCGGAAGCAGAAAUUGUAUCAGAUAAGAUGAAGGAGGAAGUUAAAGAAGAUGGUGGAGAGGUGGAAGCUCCGCAGAUAGAUGAUGAUGUUGAAAUUAUUAAAACUGAACAACCAUCGAGUUUGGAUAAUAGAAAAGAUUCGAUGAGUGAUAGUUCAGAUGUUAUUAUUAUUCCAACUGAUGAUGAAUCGAAUGAUGGGAAAGUUGAUGUAAAACCAAAAAAGAGCAAUGAUACUCCAGCGAUACAAGUGGAAGAGCAAAGCAAAUCUGUGGAGUCGAUUGCUCAAACCAACGAAAUUGAAAUCGAGACAUCUCAGGAAGCAAUUACAUCCAUUUGUUUGCCUGAUACAGACGAUGAGUCGACUAACUUUGAAGCACCAUCAACAUCUUUUAAAGAUGAAAAAUUCAAUAGUAGCAAACAACCAGUUCAAAACAAAAAACCAGAAUCUUCUUCUCAAAUCGAUCAAAGAUCUGAAGAAGAAGUUAAGCCAGCCCUGACAGCAGUACGCAAACUACGAGAUCGUGAUCGUUCAGAGAGUCCAUUGGUAGAGGACGACACCAGUGACAAUUCAACAACGCAGCGCCUUCGCCGUAGAUACUCAUCAACGCCAGUAAUUGACAGCAUUCCAAAUUCACCAGCCUCCGGUGACGAUCGGGAACUAAAAGUGUGGAAAAAAUCCUUAAUGACAGUCUACAAUAACUUGUUAACCAAUAAAAAUGCUUCGAUAUUCCUUCGACCUAUCACCGACGAACAGAAUCCACUUUUCAAGCAAGUUUGCCGUCGUCCAAUGGAUCUGCAAAUCAUUAAACGUCACAUUGAAAAUGGAACCAUUCGAAAUAUAACCGAUUUUCAGAGGGAUGUCUUUUUAAUGUGCCAGAAUGUAAUCAUUACUUUUAAGAAAAGUUCCUCUUACACCAGCAUGGCUAAGGAUCUUAUGUUAGACUUUGUUCAGAUUAAGGAUCAAAUUAUUGAUGCAAAGAUGGAGAAAAUAUUUUCAUCUUCAUCAACGUCGUCUUCAUCGCCAUAUACACCAGGUAUUAAGGUGCGCGGAAGUUCACGAAAAAGUCAACGAUUACCCUAAACUGUUCUAUCGAAGGUGUUUUUUUUUUUUUUUAAUUUUUAGUUUUAAGCUAUGAAUGUAGCAUUAGUUUUUAAAAAACAGAAGUAUACUUAAAAUAAUAAAAAAUGUAU